CCACUGCAGAAACAAACGAACACUAUUAUUUCUCGCAUCUUUUUAUCACGAGUAUAUACUAGUGACUACUGACUGUAUCGAUCCUGCGGAGAUAUGAAAAUCUCGAUGCUACUCAUCGUCGUCCUGGUUGGUGUCGUCUUCAGCAAGGGGACUUUGGACGUCAAGGAAAAAGGUGGACAAUGUCACAAAAAGAUGGAAAAGACCAUGAUUCAAUACCGGAGGAAGUGCUUGGAGAGAGGAUUUGAAGGUACACUCGGUUACCCUUUUGACUCGUCAAGGGAUAUAAAAGACAUGAGGAACCACGUGCUGAGGGGCUGCUUGAAAAUGGACGCUUGGCUUGCAGGAUGUAAUGCGGGAGGAAGCAACAAAGUGGACGGCAACUGGAGUGAGUUCUCUGCCUGGAGUGAGUGUUCGGCAUCUUGCGGAGGAGGUGUUACGGAGCGGAGCAGGACCUGUGACAACCCCGCACCAGGCGAGGGAGGUAACGACUGUGAAGGAAGCGCUGCAGAAAGCAAGGGUUGCAACAAUAUUCCAUGUGUUGUUGUCCCAGAUCCGGUCAAUGGAGGGUGGUCGGAAUGGACUACUUUUACCGAAUGCUCUGCUUCUUGUGGUCUUGGGGUCACAAUAAGAGCAAGGUCCUGCUCCGACCCUGCUCCAGCAUUUGGAGGUCAGAACUGUGAGGGAGAUUCAUCUGAAGAAAUUGAGUGUGAUGCAGGACCCUGCCCAGUGGACGGUAACUGGAGCGAUUACUCUGCAUGGAGUGAGUGCUCGGCAUCUUGCGGAGGAGGUGUUAUGGAGCGAAGCAGGAAUUGUGACAGCCCAGCACCAGAGAAUGGAGGUAACCCCUGCGACGGAGAAGCUGCAGACAACCAGGCCUGUAACCCGGAUCCAUGUCCUGUUGACGGUAACUGGGGCGAUUACUCUGCAUGGAGUGAGUGUUCGGCAUCUUGUGGAGGAGGUGUUAUGGAGCGAAGCAGGAAUUGUGACAGCCCAGCACCAGAGAAUGGAGGUAACCCCUGCGACGGAGAGGCUACAGAAAACCAGGCCUGUAACCCGGAUCCAUGUCCUGUUAACGGACAAUGGUCGGAAUGGGGAGACUAUGGUGAAUGCUCUGUUGAAUGCGGGACUGGUUUCGCACAAAGAGAAAGAUCCUGUGACAGCCCAGCUGCUGCAUAUGGUGGUCAAGAAUGUAUCGGGGAUGCCGUUAAUCCAAAGACGAAAAAGUGUAAAGGUAGGUGUAGGCCCGGCCCGAACGACGGUAACUGGAGCGAGUUCACAGAGUGGAGCAAGUGCAGCAGACAAUGCGGAGGAGGCGUGAUGAAACGGAGCAGGAAGUGUGACAACCCUAAACCAAAACAUGGAGGAAGGUUGUGCGGUGGGGAAGAAGCGGAGAUGAAAGUGGAAAAAGAGCAGAUGGUCUGCAACGAGGAAAUUUGUUCCAAGAACGGAAGUUGGGGUCGUUGGAAGAAAAUACAGGGUUGCUUUGGGCCCGAUUCAGGCUGUGAGAAAAUACGACAACGGGUAUGUGAAAUGCCAAUAGGUGGUGGUGCACCUUGUGAAGGUGAUUCCGAGCUGAGAACGAUUUGUCUAAAUAAAGUCGGGCAAGCCGGGUGCCCUGCACCAGUGCAGCUGUGAAAUAAGAUGAACUUUCGUUGACUUUUGAAAAAAAGUUAUCGAGUUUCGAUAGAAUGAUUUGACAUACUUUCGAAUUAUUUUAUUAAAGAUUGGAAAUUGUGAUUAGUACAUAAUUGGUAAUUGUGGACACUAUCACUAUGAUUUGUGGUAAUUUACUUUAUCAUUAUCAUACUUGCAUUACAA